CAUAACGGAGGGCCGAUAGAAAACAGGAGAAGAGUUGCCCCUUGUAAAUAGUUUGUGGCUACAUUUUUGUAUUUUAAAUUAAAACCAUAUAUUUGUUACACUCCCUCGCUUGUUCCCGUUGCCUGGUAACGGAGGAAGUACUGGUGUUCAACGUGUUCCCAACCGUCCAGGAUCGUCUCGUGAAGUUCUGUUGAAGUUGUAACCGGUAAACUCUGUGCUUCUUUUUUUAAUCCUCGCUCACACCCUCCCGUGAGCGCAUGAGCGCAGCCGUGCCUCGAGCCGAUGUGAGCGCCGCCUCGCUCCCUCUCCGACGAACGACCUCCAGCGAUGUGUGACAACGGAGACCCCGAGGAUAAACCCCCCGCCCCGCCGGUGAGGAUGAGCAGCACCAUCUUCAGCACCGGCAAAGACUCCCUCUCGGCCAACCACAGCUCCAAACCCCUGCCCUCUGUGCCCGAGGAGAGGAAACCCCGCAACAAGAUCAUCUCGAUCUUCUCUGGCGCUGAAAAGGGUGGUAGAAAGAAAGAUCGGGACAAAGAGCGACCGGAGAUCUCCCCGCCUUCAGAUUUUGAACACACCAUCCAUGUUGGGUUUGACGCCGUCACCGGGGAGUUCACUGGCAUGCCGGAGCAAUGGGCUCGGCUCCUCCAGACCUCCAACAUCACCAAGUCGGAGCAGAAGAAGAACCCGCAGGCCGUGCUCGACGUCCUCAAGUUCUACGACUCCACGGGCAACGGCCGCCAGAAGUACCUCAGCUUCUCCUCCUCCGAAAAAGACGCUUUCACUCCCGGGCCUCAGUCUCCCGUCAAAAAAGGCGCCGAACCGUGUUCCCCGAACAUCAAAGACAUCGACGAUGACGAGGACGACGAUGAAGCUCCGCCCCCGAUUGUGGCGCCGAGACCGGAGUACACAAAGAGCGUGUACACCCGGUCGGUGAUCGACCCCAUCCCGGCUCCGAGCGCGUGUCCGGACGGAGACGCGGCCUCCAAGGCGGCGGAGAGACAGAAGAAGAAGGGCAAGAUGACGGACGAGGAGAUCAUGGACAAACUGAGAUCGAUAGUCAGCAUCGGGGAUCCCAAGAAGAAGUACACCAGAUAUGAAAAGAUCGGCCAGGGGGCGUCGGGAACCGUGUUCACCGCCAUCGACGUCGCCACGGGACAGGAGGUCGCCAUCAAACAGAUCAACCUCCAGAAGCAGCCGAAGAAGGAGCUCAUCAUCAACGAGAUCGUCGUGAUGAAGGAGAUGAAGAACCCCAACAUCGUCAACUUUGUGGACAGUUUCCUGAUGGGGGAGGAGCUGUUCGUGGUGAUGGAGUACCUGGCCGGCGGCUCGCUGACGGACGUGGUGACGGAGACGUGCAUGGACGAGGCCCAGAUAGCCGCCGUCUGCCGAGAGUGUUUACAAGCGCUGGAGUUCCUGCACGCCAACCAGGUCAUCCACCGCGACAUCAAGAGCGACAACGUGCUGCUGGGGAUGGACGGCUCCGUCAAGCUGACCGACUUUGGCUUCUGCGCCCAGAUCACGCCGGAGCAGAGCAAGCGCAGCACGAUGGUGGGGACGCCGUACUGGAUGGCGCCGGAGGUCGUGACCCGGAAGGCCUACGGGCCCAAAGUGGACAUCUGGUCUCUGGGCAUCAUGGCCAUCGAGAUGGUGGAGGGAGAACCGCCCUACCUGAACGAGAACCCGCUGCGGGCUCUCUACCUGAUAGCCACCAAUGGGACCCCUGAGCUCCAGAACCCAGAGAAGUUGUCCCCGGUGUUCCGUGACUUCCUGACUCGAUGCCUUGAGAUGGACGUAGAGAAACGAGGAGGAGGCAAGGAGCUGCUGCAGCAUCCGUUCCUGAAGCUGGCGAAGCCGCUGUCCAGCCUCACGCCGCUCAUCCUGGCGGCGAAGGAGGCGAUGAAGGGAAACCGCUGAGCGUUCCAGCCAAUGAGGCGGAGGGGGCGUCGCCGCUCUGGAUGACCCGCCUUCAAAACACGUUUAAAAUACAAAGCCCUGACAAACAACCUCACUGUGAAGAAGACCAAAACAAAGGAGAAACACGUGGAGCACGACUCACCGCUGUCGACGUGGACUCGAUGUCAGAAGAAUAAACGGCGAAGUUUCCUCUCGGUGACGAGUUCAGGCUCGUUUUUUAAACUCUGAAAUGAAGAAGAGGCCUUUUCUAGUUUAGUUUUUUUUUCUUUUUUCGUUGUAAUCAACUGCCUUAAACAAAUGAAACGUUGCUAAUGUAUUGUUGAUCGUGCCGAUGUUUUUCUCUUCCUGUGAUUUUUACUACCUUUUUGUAAUUUUACCUUUUUCAGCGUCUUAGUUCAUUUUGAUACUUGAAUUUCAUAUUUGUCCCUUUUUCCUCAUUCAAUGAACUCUUUGUCUCUUGAUUCUUUGUCUCUUGACUCUUUGACUCUUUGCUAUUUCCACAUCGUGUUUUACGGACAAUUUCUCCUCUUUUUUUUAUAGGAAACAUUUCCGUACAUUCGUCAUCAUGAACUCACCUGACAGACCUACUGCCCCCCCCCCGUAUCAUUAGUCCAGAGGUGCACCUUACAGGCAAAAAAAAAUUUGUUAGAUUGGCAGGGUUUAUGCUUUUCUUCUCUAUUGUUAUUAAAAAUCGAGUAUUGUAUGUUGAACUCUGUCCUUUGGUUUUCUUCUAGACUAAACAUGCUUCUCGUGUGUAUAUUGUGUACUUGAUGUUUAGUCUUCUUUUAAAGCGUUCGUAUCGUAGUGUUCAUCUGAUAAAGACAUUUCUUCUGGAACGACUUAACCUUUUUGUCUGCGCACUCAAAUAAACUGUUUGUGCUUUUGUUUUAUAGUUA